AUGCUGCGAAUGCGCUGCCUGCGCCCCCGUUUGGCAAGCCUGGCAAGCUGCACUGCGGCUGCACUGCGGCUGCACGGUCCUGAUUCCUGCAUCCACUUUGCAUGGCAACCUGAGGCUUACGUCCCGAUAUGUAAAGCAACGGAGAACAGCAGCAACACUGUCCUUCCAGUGCUCGGUGCUCUCACAGGAAGCCUGGCUGCAGCAUGCUAUCUGAACAAGUCCUCGAUUGAGUGCUCAGAGGAGGCUAACAGGCCCCCGACGGUGCGCAGAGUCAAAGUUGCUCGUGCGGCCGAUUUUCCAGAGGGAGAGCUUCGUCAGAUCCGAAUUCCUCCUACGAGUGACGGCGCGGGUGAGGGUGCCAUCCUGCUCACUCGCGUUGACGGAACGUUCUAUGCAACCGGUGCUUCGUGCAGUCACUACUCUGCACCCUUAGCUGAAGGAGUUGCAGCCAGGGACAAGAUGCAUGUCGUUUGCCCAUGGCACAAUGCAGCCUUUGACAUCCGUACUGGGCAGCCUGUUCGUGGUGCUGGCUUGCAAGCGAUUCCCACCUACAAAGUGGCAGUAGAGUCGGACGAGGUCGUAGUGGACCUUCCCCGAGACAUGGAUGACUUUGUGGCACCGGUCAUGGCACAACGAGAUAGCCAGGAUUCGAGAGUGUUUCUUGUGCUGGGCGGUGGAGCUGCAGGCGUGGCAGCGGCGGACGCACUGCGACAAGAAGGUUACACGGGCCGCAUUCUAUUGAUCACUGAAGAGAAGCACCUUCCCUACGACAGACCUGUGCUUUCGAAGAACUUGGGCAAGGCGUCCGAUCCCGGGUCCUUAAGUCUCAGGGAUCAGGAAUACUUCGACAAGCAUGAUAUUGAGAUACGGCGAUCUGCCAAGGUGGAGAAGCUCGAUGCUUCCAGCAAGACAGUUCACUUAGCUAACAGGCAGGCGAUCCAAUAUGAUGCUGCUGUCGUGGCAACCGGCGCAAAACCUAGAGAACUUCCGAUCAAAGGAGCAGAUCUAUCAGAGGUGCUAGCGCUACGAACGCCAGAGGAUGCACAGCGCAUAGCCGCUUGCUGCUCUAACGGGAAGAAGGUGGUUGUCAUUGGAUCAUCCUUCAUUGGCAUGGAGCUGGCUGCGACUUUGCGGCGGCGUGGCUGCGAGGUCACCGUCCUCGGCAUGGAGCAGGUGCCUUUUGAGCGCGUGCUGGGGGGCCGCUUGGGUGUUGCCCUCAAGGACUUCUUCGAAUCGAAAGGAAUCAAGUUCAUGGGCGGUAAAGUGGCAGCAGAGAUCAAACAGAAUGGAUCCUCACUGCAGGCCGUAUUGAAGACUGGGGAGGUGCUGCAGUGCGACUCAAUUGUGGUUGGUGUUGGGGUGGUCCCCAACGCGGAUUUCAUCGACGGUGCCCAAAAGGCAAGGGAUGGCUCGCUCGUGGUGAACGAGUAUCUUAAGACCAGCGCAGACGGCCUCUUUGCUGCUGGGGAUGUCUGCACUUACAGGUGCAGUAGUGGCUCAACUAUGCGAGUGGAGCACUGGGAUGUGGCAACCAGUCAGGGGCGAAUUGCAGCGAAGAACAUGCUGGGAAAGGAUGAAAGGUUUGAUCAGACCCCUUUCUUUUGGACAUCCCUCUUCGGCAAAAACCUGAGAUACGUUGGCCAUUGUACAGAGUUUGAUGAGCUGGUGGUUGAUGGUGACCUGAAGAAGCUGAAGUUCGUUGCGUACUACUGUCUUAAGAAUGAGGUGAAGGCUGUGGCAACCAUGUCGCGAGACCCUGUGGCAGUUGUGGUCGGAGAGCUCAUGCGUAUGGGAAAGAUGCCCUCAGCAAGUGACCUGAAGUCGGGGAAAAUCUCCACAGCCGGACUCGCCCUGGAGCUUAAGGAGCUUCAGACUUGA